UCUUUUUUGCAUACUCUUCAAUAUACCGACAAAUUCCAGUGAAAGCGCGAACUUUUGCAGUCAUUGUGGCCUUUGUAAAUACCUAAUACUUCCCAUAUGAUGACGGAUACCCUUCAUAUUGCGCAUGCGGACAGGGCAUCAACAGCUUCUAAGACUCCUUCACUCAGUAUACAGCGACAAAAUGGUGCCCCAUCCUUACAGUCUGGAAUGUCACGGACUCCCGAGCCUUCCAUUAUUGACAAUCUUCGCUUAAAUGAAGCAAUGACUGUCUCCUCCAGCAGCAGUUCCGAACAAUACGACGACGAAUAUGAGUAUGACGUUUUAUAUGAAUGUCAGAGAGGAUCAUGGACGUUUGGUUACAGCUCCAAAAGUCUUCUACAAUUCGAUCCAAGUCCUUGGUGUGAUCGUAAUAUGAAAUAUACUCCUAUGGACAUCCAUACGUAUGCACUCCCUAAUCCAAUGUGGCAAUGGGUGAACAAAGACUGGUUAGCGGAUAUGACUGGAGAUGUCGAUGAAUCAGGAUGGGAAUACGCUUUUCGAUUCCAUGGAUCAACAUGGCAUGGCAACUACAAGCAUUUUCGGUCAUUUGCACGACGACGAAAAUGGAUCCGAUUGAGAAGACGAAGAAUGAUAGAGGAUGAUAAAUCAUACCACAGUAACGAUGCUGUUUCCAUCCACACAGCUUCCAUACCCGAAAAUGAAGAGUCAGCCCAAGGAAUUGAAGAAAGAGAGAACAAGCUAUACGAACGCCUUAAAAAAUGUCGUUUGGAUCGUGAACGCCUAAAAGUUGUAGACGAUAUCUUGCAAGAGAAUGAUACCCAACUGGAAAUGAUCCAGGCGAAGAUGAACGACUACAUGCAAUUAUUUGAUUUUGAAGAUUCCCGUCGCAAAUUUGCACUGCUUUUGCUCAGCAAACAAACAUCAAAUCAAACCACAUCGCAAAGUCGUACUGUGAAAUUAUCCGAAGGAGAGGAGGAGGCGUUAGGCUCGGUGGGCUUUUAUUCCAAUGUCAAGGCGAUCAGCAACCAGCUUUCCGAUAAGUAUAAAGACAAAGGAAAAGAAAAAGCAUGAGUGAUACAUAGGCGUAGUACUGUACAAAAGUUGGAUUAAGAACAAAACAAACGAGUGUUUCGUAACGGAAUCAAUGUAAAGGCAAAAUAAACGAGCUGGACAAUUCGAUAUUACUAGAAGCAAAUAGCGCUUAUUGAGUCUGUUUGCGAGGGACCAAGUCACUCCUCCAUGGGGUCGUCUUUUGUUGAAUCUGGCUUGCUUUCUGGAGUAGCACCACCGUCUGAGCCAGAUUUAUCGGCACCAACCGACGCUCUCAAGAACUGCAGAACCGCAGGAGGGGUUAUACCGUACUGGCCAUCAAAGUUCUUGUGCGACUUUUCUAGGAGACCGUGAUAUGCGUCAUAAAACUCUUUGUUGCUCU